CGUGUUAUUAGAGUGACCGCCGAGAGAGGCAGCCUAAUUAUGCAAAACCACAUUCGCGUGUUCGGCCACGUUCGACCGAACGUUGUACAACGAGUAAGUAUGAGUUGGGAAAGGCGUACACACGGUAACUUAAAGACGACCAAGAUGACGACCAUGAGGUGGUGGACAAAAUUUGAGAGACCGCCUGCCAUUGAGAUGAAAUCGACCACGAAAGAACGAACGAACUGUACAGGGAAGUAACGUACGAUGGACGAACACCGGUGAUAUUCAUAUUCAUUUUUCUUUUUUUUUAAAAUGAACAUUUCGAAAAAGGUUUAUCUUUUAAGUAAGUUCCCCCCUGAACAAACAAAGUAUAUUUAUAAUCGUUCGUUAGAAACCUUCCUGUACGUAUAUGUAGAUCCUGAUAAACCGAUAAGAACCAGUUUUAGAUUUGAAAUUAUCGGUCCGGAAUUGCCAAGCAACGUAACUACAUUCCAUACGUUUUUCAUACUUUUCUAUACUUUUUUCUAGAUUUUUUCAAUCCUUUUCUUCUAUAAAGGUUCACCUAAGUCGACAUAUUUAAGAUAACAAUCUAACACUCGAGUUAGUUCUGUAAUUCAAUCAAAAAAGAAUGAAACAAAGAAUAUCUAUUAUUAACUGUGAUAUAAAAGGGGAAAGGUGGAGGAGAAAAAAAUGUGGAAAAGUUGUAAGUUUUGCGAAUAAUUGAGUAGACAAAAAUUGGAGGGGGCCCCAGAUAGAGACGGUCCGUGGUUGGUAUCCGUUUGAUAGUAGAUAGCAGGCCGAACGACGCUGGUAUGUUCUCAUUACGCGUCGUGCAGGUAUGCGGUGGCCGGUUCGUGGGUCCCGUGCACGUAGUAACACCGUCUUCUCUUCUCCUUCCUCUUAACUUUCACGGAGCUUGGCAUCCCUUCCAAUCGGAUUCCGCCUUUAUGUCCUUCUCUUUAGCUCCCUGAGCGGAAUAAAGCGACGAUUCAAACAAGUCACCGUGCGGGCCGGCAAAUCGAUGCACCGUGAGCACAAAAAAGGCAUUUCGAGUCCUUUGGGACUCAGUUCGGAAUCAAAAGGCAAACAUAGUUGGAACCGACGUUAUUUCCUUUUACAUUUUCAAUCUUAACUUUUCCAUAUUAAUCUUCUCGACCAUUCGAACUUGCUGGAAUCUUUGAAUCUUGUCUUCUCUUUUCAAUCUCUUUCUUCCUUUUCAACUUUGAACGGUGAUCUUCUCGGGUGACGUUGCUCCCUGGACGCUGGCGAUCGUAGUCUUCGAGAUACGUUAUUGUGGUAGUAAUAGUAGUAGUAGUAGUAGUAGUAGUAGUAGUAGUAGUAGUAAUAGUAGUAGUAGUAGUUGUAAGACUUCGAUGUGGUAGAAUGGAUCGACCAUAUGAAAGAGAAAGAGAGAAAGAGAGAGAAGAGGGAACUAGUUCACCGAAGAAAACGACGCCAGAGGCAGUUGCACGCUGUACCAAUCGUUCUCUUCUUCUUCUUCUUCUUCGUAACUUCGUAUAGCGAAUAUCGAGAAUAACUCGGCUAUCUUGAAAAAUAUUUUUAAUAAUUCUUGCCCUCAAAAAUCAUAUUCCUCCUAAAAAAAGACUUUCCAUUGAAAAAAAUAAAAACAAAAAGUCACGAAUGAAGACACCUGUCUUCUUUAGGUUUUUUAAGAGAAGAAACUUGCAUAAGUAUUAUCGAAAAGCUUCCGAAACGUUAAGCAAUGAGAUAACUCUGCCUCCUUUCAAGAAAAAAAAAAAGAAAAUAUAUAUAUAUAGUCGAGUGUGUGUACUCGGGCCCUUUUUAUCUCGAGGAUGCAUACAGAAAACAUAGGGCAUGCGAUUGAUUCGUUCGUUCUCUACCAGGUAGAUACCUGCCACGUUUGCGUUUAAAAAUGGUCAACCGCUUGAAAGAAGUGGAGAAUUGAAAGAAAUGAAAAGAUGAAAAGAAGGGUCUAACAAUAAGGCCGUUCGUUAGUUUCCUUCAUUUCAGGAAAAAAGAUCGAGAAACCACACGGAGUAGUAAUAAAGCAAUAAAUUUCAACAUUUCCUCGAUUAUGAGUAUCUUAUCGUCUUUUAUUACUACCGAUAUAUAGAAUAAUGUAACUGAACAACUCGAAAAUUCAUUUCUUACAAAUUAAAGCAAUAUAAAAAAACGUAGAAAUCAAUUUUCGAGUUGAUCUUAAAAGAGAAAUAAAAAAAAAAAAGGAAAAAAGAAAAGAAAUUUGGAAUACGUCUCGCAAUAACUCGACUCGCAUCGCAGCUGAUCGCGAUGAUUUGCAUGUUGACUCCGUAAUUCCAAAUGGAAACUAAGAAGAAGAACUAGGAGCGUCAGUCUUCAAGAAGGUAGAAUGAAUCGGUUCUCAGGUGUAAAACCGGCUGGGCGUCGGCGCGGCUGCUGCCAGAAGAAAGAGACGGAAAAGGGGAAAAAAAGAAGUAGCGACGGGGGUUCAGGGAGCAAGGAGGGAGAUAAGGUAAAAGAACGAGAAAGAAAGAGAAAGAGAGAGAGAAAGAGAAAAGGCGACUCGAUCUUUCCGAGUGCCUCUGGCUUACGGCGGGGUGCACCGACCGCACCCCCUCGACGUCCUCAUCCCACCAAUGAUCUUCUACCUCAGUGCUGUAUCCUACAAUACAUCCUAUUUUACGUUCUUUCGCAGUUGCCCUUUCUUUCAUGUCAUUUUCUAUUAAUCAUACGGAAGGAAAACCAAAAGAAAGGAGUUGAACGUCGGCACAUAACGAUGAAAAGAAGGUUUAAAAUAGUUUUAAAAUACAUGUUCCAGAAUGUCUUUGAUCUCGAACAAGGAGGGUAUACCGAAUACUAACUACAAACCUGUGAGGUUUCCACACACACAAACACACAUACCACAAUCCUAACCAAGUCUCCUACGUUCAACCUGCGCGUCGCAGGCUCGCUGGUAGGUACGAUAACCAUGAGCUCCCCACCCAGUUCUCAAUCUCUCUCUCUCUUUCUCUAUAUUUCCGAGCGGCACGAGAAAAGGAAGGGAACCGGCGAGGUCCGGUCGCCGCUCAGCAUCCAGCAGCAGCAGCAACAGCAGCAGCAGCAGCGCCUACCAACGGCAGCCGAAUGGAAGGACAGACUUCCAAGCGAGUUGUGCCGCUUCGACGCCGUGCUUACCUUUUACCUGUUCGUGUUUCUUCUUGGCUAAGUGUUCUUCUCUCUCUUUUUCUCUCUCUCUCUAUCCCUCUCUCUGUAAGCCAUCGAAGCCGAGAGCGUCUGACACGCAGUUAAGCCGCGCGCGCUUCACCGUAACCACUGUGUGAUACGUGUAGUGUAAGAAACAAAAGUGAAAGAGACAGAUAUAUAAAUAAUAUAUGCAUAUACAGUACAUUUAUGUAUGCAUAUUAUCGCAUUAUCCAUAAUACCGGAUACGUAAGGAACUUACAAACCUUGUUCGCAAAUGGUCAACGAUGUUACAAUCGAUGGAAUACCUUUUGCAGUCUUCCCUGUUGUUAGUGAGUACGCUUGUAAGUAGCUAGUCCGCUACUAGUGCUACUUCCUCAGCCUGAUUGUGUAUGUACGUGUGUGUGAGAGCGCGCGCGCGCGCUAUCAACGGAGAAGGAGCGCGUGCACGGAAUGCCUUGAAUCUUUCGAGAUCAAAGUGUCGACAAAAAGAGAAAGAAAGAGAGAGAAAUAGAAUGAGUUGUGGCAGUUCAUUGUAAACAAGAGACUGGGUGACAAGAAGAAGACACGAAGAAGACACGAAUGAUCAAUCAUCUUUUUCUCUUUUGGAAUAUUCGUGAAAUUCUUCCUAAUCGCGAUUCAAAUGCGAAUUUAAAAUGCGAAUGUUACAUGACUUUUGAAGAUUGAGGAAUUUUUGGGAUACUUCCUUUUUAUCUUCCUUCCGUCCUACGGGCAUUCACGAUUUCAACAUGGCUGCUGGGACCAGCCGUGACCGCUGGGCCCCCGCGGAAGCCAUGUUAGCAGGUGUGCUCGCUUCGAGAUAACCAGUUCACGUUCGUGAAACGCGUGCUGGCCCGUGGAUAUCAACGAUCGCCGUUUCGAGAUUGCUUAGAAGAGAAUAUAUUUAUCUAGUCGAGACGUAGCUAUGAUAAUUCAUACUCGUGCUCGUAUUGCCUUCCUAAUAUGAUCCUUUCUAAGAAUAUUACGAAUCUUAAUCAUCUAAGAUAAUCUAUUAUGACCGUAGCGAAUAUCGACGACCGUGAUCUUUUCACGAUGCUUUUUUAGGAGCCUCCUUCGAUAUGCCGACGGAUCUAGUCGUGACGCCGGCUUCGGCCACGGCUUCCGAAGAAUCCAGCAGAGGUCGUGACCUGCCACUUGGUCCCUCCUCACGAUCCGCAUCAUCAUCAUCAUCUUCAGGGACAUCGUCCUCAAACUCUUCCGGACAAUCGUCCUCCUCCUCCAGAGGAUUCGAUCCUUCUGGUGCUCUCGCGGUUUAUCAUCAACAUCGACAUGGAUUGGUGACUGGUUUGGGCCAUCCUCAUCAUCGCGAAUCAUCUGCAUUCGUACCCGUCGUACCUUCUAGAUUGCAUCUCCCUCCUUAUCCAGGGGAGAUGCAUCCUCAUCUUCCUGGCUUACCACCUUCCUCCUCUACCAGCGGAAAUUCAGACCACGAAGUUGGUCCCGAACAAUCCGUUGCAAGAAAAGGAUCUUCUAGUUACGAGAUCAUGGCUAUGAUGGCUGAUAAAAGGAAAGAAUUAGCAGCAAGAGCUCUACUUCUUCCACCCCCACCUCUUUUGGAACCACCACCCGGAUACCCAGUAUUUGCAGGUCCUUUUCCUGGUAGUUCCGCUCUUUAUCCUCCUGGUGGACCAUUGGCUCAUCAGCAUCUCGAUCGAAGAUUAUUGAGAGCUCCCGGCAGAGCAUCCAGGCCUAAAAAGCAAUUCAUAUGUAAAUUUUGUAACCGCCAGUUUACGAAAUCCUACAAUCUUCUCAUUCACGAAAGGACACAUACGGACGAAAGACCGUACUCGUGCGAUAUUUGUGGUAAAGCUUUUAGACGGCAGGAUCAUCUUCGAGAUCACAGGUACAUUCAUAGCAAAGAAAAACCAUUCAAAUGUGGCGAGUGUGGAAAAGGUUUUUGUCAAAGUCGCACUUUGGCCGUGCACAAAAUUCUUCACAUGGAAGAAUCGCCACACAAAUGUCCUGUAUGCGCGAGAAGUUUCAAUCAACGCAGUAACUUAAAGACUCACUUAUUGACGCAUACAGAUCAUAAACCGUACGAGUGUACGUCCUGCGGAAAAGUUUUCCGUAGAAAUUGUGACCUAAGGAGGCAUGCAUUGACUCAUGCAGUGGGUGACGUUCCUCCUGAAGCCUUGGAAGAGGCACUUAGAGACGACGAUAGUCCUGAAGAAGAUUGUAGUCCGGAAUCAGGCUCAUCUUUGCCCUCGUCGUCUUCUUCCACGACGAGUUCAUCGAUAGCAAACACAUCUGGAGGUACUUCUGGUUAUCCAAGUCAAACCCAAUCGAUACCAAGUUCAGUAGCUGCAGCAGGACCACCACAACCACAACCACAAGCACAACCUCCACCACCACCACCACCACCACCGCAACCUCCAGCAUCAACGUCAGCAGCACCUGUGUCAGCACCUGUAUCAGCACCUGUGUCAGCCCCAGUUCCAUCGACAACAUCAACACCAAAUUCAGUAGCAGCAGCACCACCUCCUCCUCAUCGACAUAGGCCUCAAUUACAGAUCAGAAGAGAUCUCUUACCUUCCACGAUAAAACCUUCAACGAUAACAAGCAGCGGUAGUUCGACUCAUUCGAGCACGCAUAAUCCUCCAGCAGCUUUGCCACCACCACCUCCUCUGAUACUCUCGUCGUAUCGUAGAAGACUCGGUUCUCCAGGUCCAUCAAGAGUUUUCUUAGAACUUCAAGAACGAGAGCGCGAAAGAGAACGAGAGAUCAAACAAAACAGAACUAGAGAUAGAGAUCGUGAAAGAGAACGCGAAGAGGAAAUUGAGAGGCCACCAAGAGCACCCACUCCUCAACCACCUCCACCACCUAGGCCUGCACCCACAAGACAAGGAUUCACAAUCGCCGAUAUUAUGCGUCGGUAGAUAUCCUAUUUGUCAAAAGAAUUCGAACGUAAUUCUUAGUCUUCCGUACUUUACUUAGAUUUUCAAACUGUACAUACAGAUCAUUAUUAUAAUCAUUAUGUGCCAGCGAAGUAAUAACUCUAGUCGCGGUGCUAUUACGAUCUGGAUUUUUUUUCAGCAUUAUUUGAUAAAAACAUUUCAAAAAGUGUCUACGUAACGUGCCUUCUUAUAUAAAUCAAACGUCCAAAUUAUUAUCCAAAUUAUUAUCCAAAUUAUACGAAAAUGUGCCUUUUGUUACAUUAGUGUAACGUAAAUCGAUGAAAUAUUUGAAAUGAAAAGUUAUUGUAGAAGAUGAUACUUCAAGAGUUCAAUAAUAAACAGUGAUGGGAGACUUAAACAAGAGAAAAAGAAGAAGAAUAAGAAGAAUAAAAUAAAAAGACAAUAAGAGACGAAGUGCUUUGACUUUGUCGUCAAUUUUGAAGAUGUAAAUUUCGUGGUCACGGUGGUAGCAAGCAGGUGCAAUAUGGUUUUGAAACUACUUUAAUCCUACUUUUAGUACUACCUGCUCCUGUCUGCCCCCGUCUAAAAAUAUUUCGACCCUCGAAGAAUGUUGCUUCCUUUUUUGUCCUUUACUUUUGAGUGAAAGAGAGAGAGAGAGAGAGAAAGAAAGAAAGAAAGAGGUACUAUUAAGGGUCCUUUUGUGUUCGACCACAAAAAAGAUCCCCUUCUGUGUUUGUGUUAUAGGACCGACAAAAACUACAUUUUCUUCUCGAUACAAUCCCGCCAAAAUUCUACGAUGACAAAGAGAACUAUUCCUUUUUCUUUUUUUUUUAUCUUGGAUAAGUAUGUUUGCAUGUACGAGAGAAAAGUAUCAGUUCUUUAUUAAAAUCAUUUUUAUGCGAAGUAAGUAAAACGAUGAAUGACUAGUAUUGAUUAUGUACAACUAAAUAAAUGGGAAUAUCAUUUUUGGGCUGUUUUACGUCUCACAGAAAAAUGAUAAUUGAAGUAAAUAAUUUGUUU